CUAAAGAAUGAAAAAGGUUGGACCCAAAGGAAUAACAUGGCUCUUCUUAGUCUAUUAAGGUUUCCAUCUGCUUCCGCUUCUCCGCCUCCUUAUUCUCACCGGCGUAACAUCGCCACUACUGCGCUUCUCCGCCGUCGUGCCCCGCUCGUCGGCGCUCUCUGGGUGCUCAGUCUCGGCACCUUCACUACCUUCGCUUGCAGAACGGGGUGCUCUCUUUCUCUCCCUUUUCUUAGCAGGUCAAAGGGAAGAACUCUCCAUUCCACUGCUAUGGCAUCGGCUUCUACCACAGUACCUUCUAUAGUUGUUUAUGUCACUGUUCCAAACAAAGAAGCAGGCAAGAAGCUUUCGGAAAGCAUCAUCAAAGAAAGACUUGCUGCAUGUGUCAAUCGAGUGCCAGGUAUUGAAUCCGUGUAUUGGUGGGACGGUAAGGUACAGUCUGAUGCUGAGGAACUACUCAUAAUUAAGACAAGAGAGUCCCUUCUCAAUGCCUUGACUGAACAUGUGAAAGCUAACCAUGAAUACGACCUUCCGGAAGUCAUUGCUUUACCUAUCAAAGGCGGUAACGAGAAGUACCUCGAGUGGAUCAAGAACAGUACCAAAGACGAGUGAUGCUGCAAAUUGUGAAGUGCACUGUAAGUGCUUCUGGAUCUAAAAUGCGGAACAUAUUGAGCUCUCGAAGUAUCUAUAGUACAUUAUAUGCUCCAAGAAACGACGUCUUAUCUUGUAAUAAAUCCUGAAUGCUGCUGUAUGAAUCUUUUUUGGUUAACAUUCGCUUGAGUGAAGAACAUAAGGCUAUAUUUCGUAUGUUGUAUCUACUUUCGAUUAUCGUCAGCUCAUUGCAUUUCGUGUUGAUGGAACUUAGAGAUGCCGAUAAAGUGAGAAUUUGUUCGAAUAUUCGAUUGAGUCAAAAUGUAUGGUUGUAUUU